UCGAAGCUAGCGUUAGCUUAGCGAACCGAGAGCGAGUUCCUGUUUAAUCCGCAAACACCGAAAUGAACCUGGACGUAAACAAAGCAGCGUCUCGGGCCGAGACGAUCGAAUCCCUGCUUUUCAAUCCAACACGAGCUCCCAGCUGGGGAACUGUCGCGUUGUUAGCCAACGUUGCGGCAUCGGCAUCAACAAGCUAACUCCGUGUUGUUCAGCUCGUGUCAGUGUCUUAUUUACCCUGUCGCAGCUUAUUGCUUACACAUGUCCGCUGUGUUAUUCAAAGAAAGGUUGUCUGUGUGUUUAGUGCUUGUUCUUUCUGCAGGAGUCCAUGUGUUCAUGUGAGCCCUCAGAGAGCCCCUUCAUGUUUGGGGCCCCUGUGUUUACAAACGUGGGUGUGUAAGCUGCUGCUUCUCCAACUGUGAUUCUGGGUCUUCGCCGAGAGUCUGGCGUCAUUGCACAUGUUGCUCCGGGUCGUGUGUCGUUGCGGGAGGUGGAAACGUGAGUUGUGCAGCAGCGUUUGUUGUGUCGGAGUAGAGACGGCGUCGUCGUGCUUUUGUGCAAAGGUCGGUUCGAGGAGCAAUGGUUCGGUUGUGCGCAUUCCCGAGCUGUGGCAAUAAGAUGUCGAGCCACAGUGCGCGCAGCUUCCACCGGUUGCCGUUGUCCGACGCGGAGACGCUGAAGUCGUGGCUGGUGGCGCUGGAGAUGGACGUGAACACUCCGGUGGAGGCGCUGCGCUUCGCUGACCACCGGGUCUGCAGUGACCAUUUUGGCUGCGAUGACUACAGCGAACCGAAGAGGAAAAGAAAAGCUCCACCAAAGCAUGUUUUCCUCAAGAGAAACGCAGUCCCGAGAGUGGGGAGACCUGCCGCAGACAGAGUGGAGGUGAAGGAGGAGACAGAGGUUUCAGACCCUGAGCGUGUUCACGGAUCUUCUCCAAGACAAUCUGAACAUGGAGAAGUGGUCUACACUGUCUCUUCUGAUAAAGGAUGGAAAAAAGAGGAGGCUGUGAUCUCUUCUCCUGCAUCUGUAUCUCCUCCAAAUCCAUCCGCUCCACAGUCGUCUUUCUCUGCAAACCAGACUAUCAGAACAGCUUCGGAUCAAUGUGGAGAGCCAGGUAACUCCUCAGAGUCUGGAACGGAGAGUACUGGGGUGAAAACCGAGGAAGGGUUUGAGAUAAAUGAACAAAAUGUUGUUGUAAAGGACGACAGCUACGAGGAAGAUGCUGCAGAUGUGAAAGAAGACACCGCUAUGGAAACAACGUCAGAUUUCAAGGAGGAGAUAACAAAAGAUGAGGACCCAGAUGUUGACUCUAAGGAGGACAUUGACACGCAGCAGGAAAAUAAACUAAGGGCUCCAACAGCCGAUGACCUCGACGAGAUGAUGGACAUCGGUACGGUGGAUCAGGUGGAACAAGAAGCUCAGAUGAAAGUGGAGGAGCAACAGGAUAGUCCAGCGGAUGUGGGAAACCCUUGCUCACCUGGAACUUCAUCUGAAGCGACAAAGGACGAGGAAACCGAUGUGAAACCCACCAUAUUGACGCCACCUCCAGCCGGGUACCAAGCGGAGGACGUAAAAGUGGCUCUAGAUCAGAUCCAGUCCAGCUCGUCUCCAUCGUCUACAACCACGGCCAAUGAAGGAAGAGAGAGCUCAUCACCAAAGGCUGUGAUGAAUGGGAUAAAAGUAUUUAACCCACAACUACCAAGGAUAGACCCUGAGAGAUCACAGGCAGAUCAGUCGUCUCCUUCACCGCCUCUGGUCAAAGUGAAGGAUGAGCCCAUAGAUGAGGAGUAUGACCAGGCUCUGAUAUCUUCUUCAUUCACUGCGAGUGUGAAGGAUGAGCCGAACACUGCCAAGGAGGACUUGAGGAUCGGUUCCGUCUUCUCAGUGAGUCCAGCUGCUGAAACACAGACGCUACCCACGGCCCAACCGUCGUCUUCGCACAUGUUGUGUUUCAACUGCAAGAAGAGCCUGAUUAAGGGACAGACGGCGUUCCAGAGGAAGGGCUCCUCGUCUCUGUUCUGCUCCACCGCCUGCCUCACCACAUCGCUACCCGCUGUCAAAGGAGCCACUAAGAUCUGCUACAACUGCCAAAAGGUGAUAAUCCGACCUCAGGAUGUCAUCCUGGCCCCAGAUGCUAAAGGAGUCAUGAAGGAAUUCUGCAGCCAAAACUGUUUGACCUCCUUCAACUACAAGAAAAACCCCUCCAGCUUCAGGAAACCCGAAUUCGCCAAAGCAACACCACAACCAGUCGGACCGCAGUCGCUCUGCAGCAUGUGCACCAGAUACUGCAUCAGCAAACACGAGGUGAUCCUGAGCGGUGCUGUCCACAAGAUCUGCAGUGACGCCUGCUUUAACCGAUUCCGUUCAGUAAACAACCUGUCCAUGGCCGGCUGUGCCAACUGUGGCUCCUUCUGCCACAGCAAACCGCUCAUGCUGAAGAUGGAGGACGGCAACAAAACUCUGUGCGACUCCGAAUGUCUGGCUAAGUACAAAGAGAAAACCAAGAUAUCUCAGCCUUGCAUGAUGUGUCAAACUAACCGUUUGCUGGCAGAGACGAUCGACAACAAAAACGACGACGACUCUGUGAACCUCUUCUGUAGCAGCAGCUGUGUGAUGGCAUUCAAGGUUCAAACUGUCAGUGCUUCAGGCGCUCGGUUGAAUUGCGAUAGCUGUGGGAAAAACUCUGUACCGGCUUAUCACCUCGCCAUGUCAGACACUACCAUCAGGAACUUCUGCAGGCUACAGUGUGUUAUGGCUUUUCAGGAUAAGUUCAAGAAGUCCCAGAAACAUGUGAAUGUUUUCACCAAGUUGCCAGUUGAAUCCACGCAAAUCCAGCCGGUGACUCCUCCCCAACCUCAGCAGUUCUUCUCCAAUGUGCCGCCGAAGCUGGACUGUGCCCAGUGCGCCCGCAACAUCACGUUCAAACCCGAGCUCAUCCAGAUCAAGGACAAGCUGGUUUUUCUGUGUAGCGUGGACUGUUCUCAGGAAUUCAAGAGGGUCAACUACGUGACGAGCCUGUGUGAAUACUGUAAAAUCGCAAAGAUCACCAGAGACGCCAAAAGAAUAAACAACAAAGACUGCUACUUCUGCAGCGACGGUUGUAAGCUCCUCUUCAGACACGACCUGAGUAAAAACUGGGGGAAACACUGUAACUCGUGCGUCUACUGCCACUGUGUCUCAAAGAAGCUGGUGACGGCUCAGUACGGAGGCUCGACAGAGGAGUUCUGCUCUGAGGAGUGCAGGUUCAAAUACACCAUGCUCUUCUGUCACGUUGCUAAGUGUGACAACUGUGGGUGCAAAGGGAAACUGAAGCAGAGUCUUCCUUUGCUGGGGGAGGUCAAACACUUCUGUGAUCAGACCUGCCUGCUGAAGUUCUGCAGUCAUAAGGUGGCGACACAGGGCGAGGUCUUGAAAGAAACAGGUGAGGCCACGCCCGUCAUCGCCAACGUCAUCUCACUUGCAGACCCUCAAACAGCAAAACCUGAGGAUUCUGACGGAACUGCAACUCAACAAAGCACAGUCUCACAGACUCAAUCAAAGAACUCUGGACAUAUCAGCGUCCAGACUGAAGCGGUGAAACCUCCUCCUCCUCCUCCUGCUGCUGCUGCUGCCCCGAAAAUCCUGAAGAACAAGGCUCUGCUCUGUCGUCCACUGGUGCAGAAUAAAGGAGUUUCCUGUAAAACACAGACGGCCGAUGUUGAAUCCCAGACAGACGUUGCUUUCCCAAAAGUGAUGAUCCUGCCCGUCCCAGUGCCCGUGUUUGUCCCCGUACCCAUGAACAUGUACAGCCAGUAUACUCCCACACCUGUGGGCCUGCCGCUACCGCUGCCCGUGCCCAUGUUCCUUCCUGUGACAGUGGACAGCGCAGAACGCAUCAUAGAGACCAUCCAGGAGAUCAAGGAAAAGAUCCCGUCCGAUCCUUUCGAGGCCGAGCUCAUCCUCAUGGCUGAGAUGGUGGCGGAACAAGAUGAGAACAACAAACCUGAGCGACCGAAGGCGAAAGUGGUGGAGAAGAGGACGGAGAGACAGGAGGCCCCUGAGGACCACGCCAGUAACUUCAGUGACGAUUUGGAUACAGACGACUUGACGAGUUUCCUCAACAACUGGGAGGACGCCUCCUCCGACACGGGCCUCCGGUCGCCGAGUCGAUCGUUCACGCAGGAGAAGCUCAACUCGAUCAUAGAUGUUCCUGCGGCGAUGCCCAGCGAGCCUUACUCCGAGCCCCCGCCUCCAGCUCCGCCUCCCAUGGACGUCGAAGCCGACUUCACUAUCGAAACACUGGAGAGGUUGUCCCGGCUUCGAGAGAAGGGCCCUCCCGCUCCCAGCCCCCCGCCUGCAACGGCACGACGACGACGACAAGGUCAAAGGAAAGCCCGAGAUAAAAGGGGUCGUAAGUCGCAGCGGUCUAAGGCAGCUGCAGCGGCGUCUCAAAGAGGCUCUUCCAACAAGGACGUGUCUUCAGAAUUGCCGAAACUGAAUAGCGAGUACGGACUUGACGCCUGGAAGCGAUGGAUCCAGUGGAGACAGACUCAGCCCAACGUAGAGAAACCACGCAUCGGCUCUCGUCCCAUCGAGUUGAAGGAGGAUCUUCUGCGAUGCACCACAGCUGAGCUGAGCUAUGGACUCUGCUGCUUCAUCACUGAGGUGAAACGACCAAACGGAGAACCGUACUCACCCGACAGCAUCUUCUACCUCUGCCUCGGGAUCCAACAGUACCUGUUUGAGAACAGUCGAGUGGAGAAUAUAUUCAUGGAUCGCUUCUACAACAAGUUCUCCACUGAGUUCACGACUAUGCUGAGAACUUUCAAACCUCCAGUCACAGCCAGUGGUUAUGUCCAUUCCCGUGUGGAGGAGGAGUAUCUUUGGGACUGUAAACAGUUGGGGGCGUACUCCCCCAUCGUCCUCCUCAACACCCUGCUCUUCUUCUGCUGCAAGUACUUUGGCUUCACCACCGUGGAGCAGCACCGCCAGCUGUCCUUUGCCCACGUCAUGCGCUGCACCAAAACCAACCUGAACAACACCAAAACCAUUUUCCUGCGCUUCUACCCGCCCAUAUCCAUAAACGAAGCAGAGACAGAUCCAGAGGUUCCAUCUAAGAAGCGAAAGGAGGACGAGGCUAAAGAGGAAAUCCUGGAGAUGGUGGAGAACACGGAGAACCCGCUCCGCUGUCCGGUUCGACUCUACGAGUUCUACCUCUCCAAGUGCUCGGAGUCAGUCAAGCAGCGCACCAACCUGUUCUACCUUCUCCCGGAGCGCUGCUGCGUCCCCAACAGCCCCCUGUGGUUCUCCUCCUCGGCUCUGGAUGACACCACCAUGGAGGCGAUGCUCACCCGCAUCCUCACCGUCAGAGAGCUGCAUCUCAACAAGAGCAAAGAGGGAGAGGCUGAAAAGAACACACCCACCGAUCCACCGUUUAUACCUGAAGAGGAGGAGGAAGGGGACUCAGAGUGACAGAGACAGAUGUGACCUUUUAUUGGUGUAGAGAUUUGUGGUGUAAAUGGUUGUAGAUUUAACUGAAAUGUUCAUUUAAUCAUGUCCCAUAAACACAAAUGGACAAUUCACACAACUACAAUGUGCUGAACAGCAAAGAAAUUCAUCCAGUCAAACUUCAUGAACAGGAAGAUAUUCAAACACAUUGUGUUUGUGUAGCUGGGACUUGGAAGCUGAACUGAACUCAGCUCGACAUUCAGACUGAUUAUAACUGUUCAGCAGGACACAGCUGAACUCCUGUGUGUCUGCUAAAUGGUUGCGUCUCAUCAUUAUGCUACUUUCCUUCCAACACGUGUCAUCGUCCUUUAGAUUCCUUUACAAAUUGGACUGAAGUGUUUUCAGUAAAACAAUUAUUUCUUCUGAGAGAGAAAAGAGAGAAAAACGUUUCGAUUUUUCUUGUUGUUGGUCGUAAACAUCCGCAGCAGGAGACAAACCCUCUGAUGUUGAUCACCAACGUUCGUUUUGUGCAGAAGCCCAUAGGACGGUUUGAUUUUUCAAUCAUGAAUGCGGUGAUUCGUUGCAUAUUACACUACUGUGCAUAGCAGUUAUACCAGAGUUGUUCCUGGUAAUUCAGAAAAUUGCGAGUGUAUUGUUUUGCUUUGUAACAUCUCAUGGUUUGAUUUUCGGGACGCCUCUGCAACCUCCCAUUGUUCAUAUCUGUGUUCAUCAGGUAAUUUUAUUUUGAAAGGUUUGCUCAUCUGAUUGUGAAAUAACAAAGAUUAGUUGACUAAACACAAAAUUUUUUUUUGUUUUGAGCUCAUGUUGUGUUAUCUCAUCCGAAGCAAUCUCUUGAGACAUUCACUCUUUGCAUCAGCCCGCAAAAUGUAAAAAUAAACAAACACUGUCCCUUCAUGUAUAUCUUGGUUAUAUUAACCCCCACUCUGAAGAGUAUGACUACCAAGGUUCUCUUUAGUCUUUUCUAUUGUAUGUUCUUU